UAUUAAGCAAAUCACGUCCCAUACGAGUCUUAUGCUAAACGUCUCAGGCUCCGACGAGGUUGAACCAAAGACAACCCUGCCAUGGAAGCGUACUUCUGGUUCUUUGCUUGAACAACAUCUUUGUGCGUACAAUCAGAAGCAAUAUCGUAGAGUAUCUAUAGGACACACGUACAUGUGAUCUCACGUUGCGACCAGGACCUGCUGCUUGCGUCAUGGAACGGUGUAGAGCAGGAGCCCAUGCCGCUGAGAGGCAUCCAAUAGGGAAGUCCCUACCUUUAAAUUUAAGGCUGCAGCUUCGUACUGGGAGUACCUCUCUGUGCAAACAAGUUCCCCAACGCAGCUCUACGCACGGCGACUCCUUCGGGAGUCGCAGCCGUUGUCACCUGUGCAACAUGCCCUCAGCUCUUAAGCGCUCCGAACCUACACUGCUGGUAGCUGCCAAUAAUGGCCAGCAGCAAGGCCACGGCAUAACGAACAACGUGCCAUCCCAAACAUCUUCGCCUGGGGCCGGAGGCGGUGGCCCUGACGGGGACCCCAGUACCGGUGACAGCUAUCAGAUCGGCUUGGACCCAUUCACGCAACAGCUGAUGCUGUCGGUGCUCACUGCCGGUGCCGCGAUGGCCAUCGCGGCAUGCGCACAUCAGGACCUCGCAUCCGCAUUCCGCUUGGACGGAGAAGCCUUGACAGUCGCUAUAGAGCUUUCGGCUCCUGUGUUGGUUCUUCUGGCUGCCGUGGUGGCGCCGCGGUGGGCACCGCCCUUUAGGGGAUCGGAGCUUGAGCGGCUCCAGCACAACUACUACAUGACGGCCCAGGUCUUGCAACUUUACCUGGAUUUUGGAGACGACAGCGACAGCGACGAUGAAAGCGACACACUCACAAGCCGCAGCAACAGCAGCCGUGAAACGAAUGGGAGCGGCAACGGAACCGGUAGUAGCAGCGGCAGAAGCAGCAAGAGCGAUGAGAACUGGGCUGGAAAUGGGGGCAGCAGCGGCAGUAGCAGCACUAAUGGUAGGGCUAACGCCAGCAGCAGCGCUAGCAGUAGCAGUAGUAGCUCCAGCGGUGCCGAACGAGCCCGAGUGAGGAGGAGACUUCGGUUGGAACAAACCGUUGGCUGGAACACGAUAAGCAGCGGACUGGCUCUCAUGCAGGCCUUCACUCUGCAGCCUUGGAACGAGCCCACCCCCACCUCCGUGUUUCUGCCGGCACUGGCAGGGCGCUGCGCGCAGCAGCUGGCAAAUGAGUUCCUGAUUCGUGGAGCCGGCUGGGGGCUGCUGAGCGGCUGGGUGGCUGCGACGGUGUCAGCGGCGGAUGCGGAUGACGGCAUCCUGUUUUUCAGCAAAGUCUUUGCAGGUCCAGAUGCUGCCAAGUACGCAGCAGGCCUGGCACUGGUCGCCGUAUCCCUACCCGGGGCCCUCUGGGAGGCACGCGCCGCUCGGAACUUUGUGAGGGCAUCCGUGGUGGGCCCGGUGCGGGAUGCCGCCAUCUUCUGUACCGGCAACGGUGUGGACGAGCCGGCGUAUUGCGACCCCAAAGGUUUUGCCAUGAUGGCUGCAAGACGGCCCGCCAAUGCGGCUCCCGUGGCGGAUGUGGUCACACGCACACGUGGCUGGAGAUCAGGACCGCAAUCGUCCUUCAGCAGCGUGAGCAGCCUCAGCAGCAUUGACACGGCCGACCUCCGAUCGGAAGACAUGAAACCCCAACCAGUCCCUCCAAAGGAGGCUGCUACCGCAUCCACCGCCACUGCCGCUAGGGUCACCGCCCCAGGCAGCCCUCCCUCACAUGCACCCACGGAUGCGCAAGCACCCUCAAAACCCGAUGCGAGCCAGAACGGCUCUUCACCUUCCUCCCAGCAUCCUCAACCGCCCGUCGCCGCGAAAGCGACAGCAGCAGCAGAGGCACCUCCUUCCUCGUCCACCAGCACCUCAACCUCGUCCAACCCUGCCGCUGCCGCUGCCGCUGCUGCCCCCUUUCUGCCGCGUCUGGGCCCCACACUGAGUGCGAGCUCCGCUGCGUUCGAGUGGGACAGCGAGGACAUGGCGGUGCUACUGCGGGUGGAAACACUGCAGGACAAGAUUGCCUUCUGGUCAUCACUCUACUACCAGCUGCUGGCCGCCUUUGCCAUCAACGGUGCCUUUCUUGCAUCGGACUGCAACCUCUUCGCCUCUUUCACGGCCGCAUGGCUGAUCAGAACCGGGCCGCUGUUACUAUCGGAGAUGCGAGCUCGUACGGCAGCAAGGGCAGCAGGGUAACUGCUGCUAACGGUAACUAGCUAUCUGCUAGCUAGCUGACUGGCUGUCUAACUAACACACGGAAGCUGAAGCAGCUGCAGAAGCGGUGGUUGUUGCUGUUAGUUUGUCUGGUUGUUGGGGUUUUGUUAGUGUUUAAAGCCUGUGUCGGUAGCUCGGUUGCUGAGGCAGUGUCUGGCCCCUUUGUAUGAUAGGAUGCGAAGCGGUGGGUGAAGGAGGUGCCGGUACGGUAGUGUAAUGUAUCGUAUUGUAGUGCGAUGUACGGACGCAUGCAGCGAGGUGACAUUGGAAGGCAUUGGACAUGGGAUGAAGGACGAAAUGGAGAGAGAGUGUUCACCGUUUGUUAGCUGGGUUGCACGUUUUGAGGCAGAGCUUAAGAAACAUGGAAGAAUUCGGAAGCCUUCGGAAGCAAGCAAGAGAGUUGAGAGUGAGCGAAACGAAAAAGGCAGACUUUAAAACGGCUAAUUCAUAUGUUCGGCAAGAGAAUAGUGAGCGGGAGCGUUUGAGGGUAUGGGAGUGGUUUGUUGAGAGCAACAAGGACAUAGGCACCGAGAUGAUGUCGAGCAUAAUCAAGAGGCAAAGCGGUGUAGAACCCUUAUCGAUAGGAAAGCACUUUCCUUUCAUCCAGUGUGAGGUUCGUCGGCAUGGCAGCUAGGAUCCGGCUCACCGGUCCAACAUGCAUCUUGGUCUGGGGCGCUCGGUAAGCAAGGUGCAUGCAGAGUCGAGUAAUCGCAGGGGGCGGUCUUUGUGUGUCUUUUGUGUGUACAGAGAGUGUUCUUGCGCAAUACCAUUUGCUCGUGUCUAUCGGGGUCCGUACAUGCUGCGAUGUAGGGUGGUCACUGUAUUGGUGUCACAUCCGUCCUUGUGAAGCGUCCUGGUUAUGCGUCCGCUGUUACCCAUCUGUGGUUCCAUGAAGUUCUCCUCUGGAUCAUGUGCACGCAAACCAAAUGAGGGCACCGACUGACCCAUGGGUCCGCCGCACUUUUACAUACAAUUGGC